AUGACCCCAAAAAAUCUUGAAAAAUCCUGUAAUAAUGUUCAGAGCUCUGGCAAUGCUUGCUCAAACUGCUCACAAGACAAGAAGUAUUGCUGUAACUUUUCUGAGAUAAUAAUUAAUCAGAUUCUUGAGUUGCAAAGUGCAUACUUCAAAUGGGCAAAUACAAUAAAUACUGUCAUCAAAAAUGCUCAUAAAGUGAAUGUUGUUACUUUUACUCAAGCUAUCAAUAAAGAGUUAAAAACUGUUCUUACAAAUAUAUCAAAAGAGACUCCUUCUGUUAAUGAUAAGCCAGACACAUUAAAUGGCAAAGUUGUUAAAGCUCUUCAAGAGAUUUCCACAAUCUUGAAAGAAAUUCAGAAAAUUCAAGAGACAAACUUUAUUGCAGUCUCUGACAUAAAGAAUGCUCUUAAUUUAAAAUGUUUCUUUAAUAGUGCUUCCAAUUCUGAAGCAAAAAGAACCUGCUUAAGCUUCUCACUGCCACAAACUGUUUCUGAAACCCUGACUCUGAUCAGGAGUCUUCAAUUUUCUCUGUUUUCAAUCAAGCAACAAAGUAUGGCACCAAAGAGUGCAUCUUCUUCUCAUAAUGAUGCCAAAAAGAACAAUGCUGACAACAAGAAUGCUGACAACAAGAAUGCUGACAAGAACAAUACCAACAAGAAUAUCAACAACAAGAAUGCUAAUGAGAAGAGUGCUGAAAAUAAGAAUACUGAAAAAGCUGAUGCAAAUGUUACUUCUGAUGUUAGCAGUGAAGAUUUCCAAAACUGA